AUGGAUGACAAACUCAUGCCAUCAAUUGAGGCAGACGCCGGCCCAUCUAAUGCUCGCGAAGACUCCUUGAACGAGGAUCAAGAGCGAUUGCAGGCGAGCAGUUCAGAUGACCUAGACAGUGAUUCUGACUGUGAGACAUCAUUACUCGCAAGGCUCACACUCACAAGGAGAUCAACCCGGUUAUACAACAUUCCCCAUAUCGAAGAAAACGGCCGCGGAUACUGCGAUACUUCCUAUUAUAUGCCCAAUGACGAGCCGGAACUGACUAGACUCAACAUCAUGCACCAGAUAUAUCUCAUUCUGCAAGGUGGCCAUCUCACUCUAGCCCCAUUAAGCAUGCCCUCGCCGCGCAUUCUCGACAUUGGCACAGGACCAGGGGACUGGGCCAUUGAGAUGAGUGCUGAAUAUCCAAACGCAAAGAUCAUCGCCUCAGACAUAGGCGUCUUCGACUCAGGUCUAGCUCACGUGUCUCUCCCAAAUGUCGAGUUUCAGCUCGUCAAUGCUAGCUCCCCCUGGACUUACGAUGAGCCAUUCGACCUCAUCCACAUCCGUGGUCUUUCGGGUGCUUUCAAAGACUGGUCAGCCAUCUACAAAGAAGCUUUUGCUCACCUCAAGCCAGGUGGAUACAUUCAAAUCGCAGACGCAGACCCAGCCGCAGAUAUAAUAUCAUACACAGAUAUAAAGACAGACUCCUACCUACACGUCUAUGCCCAAAACCUCCUCUCAGCAGCGAACGAAGCAGGAUACCCCCGAGACCAGAACCACCUAGAAACAGAUACACUCGCAGAAGCAGGGUUCGUGGAUAUUAAAGUCACCGAACGCACGGUACCUAUUGGUCUAUGGCCAAAUGAUAUUCACGAGAAAACACUGGGGAAAAUGGCGCUCAUUGCGCUGCUGGAGGGACUUGAGGCUCAUGCUUUGCGACCCCUUACUUCUUGUGGCUGGUCUGCUGAGAAAGUACAGGAGCUGUGUGAGAAUGUUAAGAUGGAGGUCCUGGGUGUUGAUCAGUUGACUGCUUCUUUGCUCAUUGUUAUGGGAAGAAAGCCGGCUCCGCCGAUGUCGAAGAGAGACGAGCUUAUGGCUAGGGCGAUGCAAAGAGCUAGGAGAUUUCAUCUAGAGAAUGAGGGUGUGGGUAGAGCAGAAGAAUAG